AUGCCGGAAUCCUUGCAACCUCCCACAGCGAUCCCUCCGCGGACGAGCUCGACGGGGGUUACAAAUGGCCAUCAUCACCACGAGGCCGCGUCGAGAACUGCUGGCUUGAAAGGCAUCCCCGAGGACGACUGGAUGAACCCCGCCGCUGAUAAUCUGCCCACCAACACCACCUACAAGCAUUCUCGCAACCGAUCAAGUGUCGACGGGACGAAAUACAGGGACGGAAUGUGGUCAGAGGAAAAAGAGAAGAUCUUGAUGGGUCCCUACGACUACAUGUCGCAACACCCAGGCAAGGAUCUGCGGAGACAAUUCAUCGCUGCAUUCAACGCCUGGCUGAAGGUUCCCCCAGAUAGCCUGGCCAUCAUAACGAAGGUGGUUGUCAUGCUCCAUACAUCAUCCUUAUUAAUCGAUGACGUUGAAGAUAAUUCCAUCUUACGGAGAGGCGUUCCCGUUGCCCAUAGCAUCUUCGGGACGGCCCAGACGAUCAACUCGGCCAACUACGUCUAUUUCCUAGCCCUACAGGAAGUGCAGAAGCUGAAGAACCCGGCUGCAAUCGACAUAUAUGCUCAAGAGUUGCUGAAUCUCCACCGUGGUCAAGGAAUGGACCUGUUCUGGCGUGACACCCUGACAUGUCCCAGCGAGGAUGACUACCUGGAGAUGGUUGGCAAUAAGACGGGGGGGCUCUUUAGACUUGCUAUCAAGCUGAUGCAGGCUGAGAGUGACACCGGAAAGGACUGUGUCGCUCUCGUCAACGUGAUGGGUCUCAUCUUCCAGAUCUGCGAUGACUACCUCAACCUGUCUAACACGACCUACACCAAGAAUAAGGGGCUCUGCGAGGAUCUGACGGAGGGCAAAUUUUCGUUUCCCAUCAUCCACAGCAUCCGUUCCAACCCGAGCAACCUCCAGUUGGUUAAUAUCCUCAAACAGCGGACAAAAGACGAGGAGGUGAAGCUGUACGCUGUGAGCUACAUGGAAAGCACUGGUAGUUUCGCAUACACGCGAAAAGUGGUGAGGCGGCUGCGGGACAAGGCUCUCGCCCUGAUUGACGAAAUAGAAGGGGAACAGAAAGAAGGCGAAAGUGAAGGUACGAUGAUCCGAGCGAUCCUCGCGAAAAUCGUGGAGUCGACCUUGAAAGAUGGAGAAGACGAUUAAGCUUGGUUUACGGCUUUGGAGGCCAUAUUUGACAUGCGUGCUUGGAUUUGGUUGUUGAUAUAUACCCCUUCCGCUAAAUCGUAUCUUCGACUGGUUUACAACGGCAAUGAUAUCCGCUGGAGCAGAAUGAUGAUCUCUUAUAACUAGUUACGGAUGAUGAUAAGGAGUGCCCAGGUGAAUUGUGACGGUCCGGUUGGAACCACCGGGCGACGGAUGUGUUUUUAUCUUGAUGUGGCCCAAAGGUCUUUUGGUUUCCAUAUGUC